GUCAAAUCAUGUUUCCGGAAGCGUUCACCAUCAACGAGCAAACACGGCUACAGGAUGUCGCAAGGCGCAAGUUUUAACUGCAAGUGGUAAAUGAUAUGAACACUAAGCAGUGAUACAGAAUUCCAUGCUGGGAAAUUUAUAAGCACAGGCAGAGCACUGGGUACAGUAUAGGGCAAAGUUAUUAUUCUUACCAUUUUUUUUAUGAUACUGCAGUUGUAGUGGAGUAGCUUCUGAGUGCGUUGGUGUCUUUGCUAAGCUAACAUGCUAAGCUAAAAGCUAGCAAAGGCUAACUUCAUUCUGGAAUGAUAGAGCCCGGCGCGAUCGCCUCUGGACAUGGCAGCCGGAGCAGGAGCCACUUCUGGCGGUUCUCUGGAGUCCACGUUAGACCGAAAAUUUCGAAGUGUGACCAACACGAUGGAUUCCAUUCAAGGACUGUCAACGUGGUGCAUCGACAACAAGAAGUACCACAGUCUCAUUGUGCGAUACUGGAUGAAGUGUUUGAGAAAUUCUGACUCCGCGCACAGACUGAACCUGCUGUACCUCGCCAACGACGUCAUUCAGAACUGCAAGAGGAAAAAUGCCAUUGUGUACCGCACGGCGUUCGCCGAGAUCCUCUCGGACGCCUUCACGGUGGUCAACCGUGAGGGAGACCCAAAGGUCAUCAAAUCCGUGGAGAGGAUUCUGACCAUCUGGGAGGAGAGGGAGGUGUAUUCCGGGACGCUCAUCGCCGAUCUCAGAAGCACCCUGGUCAAAGAGGAUUCCCCACCUGUGGAGGAGAAAACUCCCGUCGAGUCCAGCGCGGAGCUCCGGUCAAAGGUGGUGGCUGAGUUUGUGGUAAGUCUGCGGAGAGGUCCGGGCGGCCUUGAAAGGGCGGCGGCUGGAUGCCUGUGCUCCCGUCACCCACACGCCGUUUUGUUUUUUUUCCCCCUGUGCCGCGGCCGUCCACUCCAGCCCCAGGCGCUGGUAGACCAGCUGUCCAAGUACAAGAGAUCCCUGGAGGAGGUGGACCUCAGAGAGAAACAGCUGGCUGCCAUGAGGGUGGACAUCUUCAGCGCCGACGCCCUCAGGAGACUCAAAGAUAAAGCCGGAGGAAAGAAGUUCUCCAAGGACUUUGAGGAAGGCAGCUCGCAGCUUCACGAGUUUGUGAAGUUCUUCGAGAAACAAAGUAAAACGGGUUCUCUGCUCAUGGAGGCGCUGGGCAACGCAGACAUCUUCUAUGAGAUGCAGUACAAGGAGGUCAAGAUCGUUGCUAAUGCCUACCAGACCUUUGCUAACCGGGUGUCCCACCUGAAGCGAAAGCUGGACAGCCUGAAGGCCACCCUGCCGGACCUGGACGACUCGCCCAUCCCCUCGCCGUCGGCGGACGCGCCGUCCCCCACGGGCUCCGAGUCCCCCUUCCACGGCCUGGAGCUGGCCCACCCGGACCCCGACCUCGACGGCUCCGCCAUGGAAGACGAGGCCGAGCCCCCGGCCCCCAGCCCCCUGUCCACACCAGGGAGGUCCCCCAAAGACACGGAGCAUCUCGGGGAGAACGACAACUGCGAGGUGGAGGACAUGGAUCUGUCCGAGGAGGAGACGGAGAGUGGUGCCAUCAUAGCCGUCGGGGACCAGCUCAAGCCCGCCCCCGGACCAGACGCGUCCACUCCGGUCCCCGCUAAGAACAAACCGCCAGCGGCCUCAGAGCGGUCCGCCGUAAAGGCCGCGACCCCCGCCGCCCUGGAAAGCGCCGCCGUGGGUAAAAUGGGCGCCAUCCUGAACAGUUUCGGUUCGGCCGGGAAGAACGCAGCCCCCGUGGAGAGCCCCCCCGCAGCUGCGCCCGCCAGCUCCGCCGCCAAGGCCCCCCCCGACGGCCCCGCGGUCCCCCACGACACCAGCUCACUGGUCAGCCUCCUCUCCAAGGUGGACGUCAGUCCCGCCGACCUCCUCAGUGCCCUGUCCAAAGUCCAGGGCCAAAGCAGCCUCGAAGGCAUCUCUUCUCUGCUGAGCAGCUCCUCGGCUGCGAGCGUUGCCGCCGACCCCUCCACUAAAGGCAAGGCUGCUCCCUCCCCCCCCCCCCCGCCUCCCCCGCCCCCCCCCCCCCAGGGCUCGUCCGUCUCGUAUGUAGCCCCCGCGUCCUCCUCCUCAUCGGGCGCCCGCGCCCCCCCCCACACGUCUAACAAGGCCUCGGCCCUGGUCCAGGCUCUGCACCGAGACAUGGACCUGAACCCGGAGCCGGACGCGUCCCUCUCCUCCUCCAGUCUAGAGUCCAAGAUCCACAGUUUCCUGCAGGGCAACCCGGCCUUCAGCGCCUUCGACCUGGGUUUCAGCUCCAGCGCCCCGGCGGGGGGGGACCACUUCAGCCCCGCCCCCGCCGCCGCCGACACGCAGGAGGGGACGCCCGUGCGGGACGAGGGGGGGGGCACCCCGACCCAGGAUGAGAUGAUGGACAAGCCGGCGGCGGUCCAGUUCGCCAGAAACCCGUUACCCGCGGGGGACAGCGGCCCCGCAGCCCCCGCCGCCUUUGAGAAACGCCCCCAGCAGCAGGCCCCCCCCCAGCAGCAGGCCCACUCCCAGCAGCAGGCCCACCCCCAGCAGCCGGCCCCCCCACUGCCCGGCGCGGCCCACAACGGUCAGCCCUACCAGCCGUACCCCUACGGCAAGGAGCGCCUGCCCGCCAACCCCGGCCCGCAUUACCCCCCGCUGUCCGCUCAGGCGGGGGGGGCGGCAGCGGGGGAGAGGGCCCCCGCCGGCAACCCGCCGGCGGCCGAAGGCCCCCGCGGCCCCGGCGAGAGGAGCUGGUAUGGCGAGGGCUACGGCGCACCGGGGCCCGGCGGGGCCAGAGAGGGCCCGGCCCCCCCGGGACUCUACCCCUAUCCAGGGGGGCAGACGCAGGAGCCGCAGGAGUUCGCCCCCCAGCAGGGGCCCCCGGCGCCACCCACUUUCUUCGGGAGCGCCCUCCCGCCCCCCUACCAGCUGUACCCCUACGGCAAGGAGCGCCUGCCCGCCAACCCCGGCCCGCAUUACCCCCCGCUGUCCGCUCAGGCGGGGGGGGCGGCAGCGGAGAGGGCCCCCGCCGGCAACCCGCCGGCGGCCGAAGGCCCCCGCGGCCCCGGCGAGAGGAGCUGGUACGGCGAGGGCUACGGCGCGCCGGGGCCCGGCGGGGCCAGAGAGGGCCCGGCCCCCCCGGGACUCUACCCCUAUCCAGGGGGGCAAGCGCAGGAGCCGCAGGAGUUCGCCCCCCAGCAGGGGCCCCCGGCGCCGCCCACUUUCUUCGGGAACGCCCUCCCGCCCCCGCCCGGUCCCGGCGCAGACACGGCGGGGGGGGUGGGGCCCCGGCAGGACAGCGUCAUCAGUGGCAUGGUGGUGCAUGACCACCAGCACAAGUCCCUGCUGCCCCCGGACGACCCGCCCUACCCCCGCCGCCCCGACUUCCUGCCCCCCCCGCCAGAAGAAAUGCAUUACCAGGAGGACUUUGAGCCCUACCACGAGGACUUACGCCACCACGAAGGCCAUUUCUUCCACGAGGAGCCUUUCUACCCCCCCAACGAUGCUUACUACAGAGCGGGCAGCCCCCCGCACCCCUACCCCCGAGGGCGGGGGCGCCUCACCCCCCCACACUCGCCUUCAAACAACCCCUACUACCCACAUGACUACCAGCAGCAAAGCCCCCCUCCCCUGCAGUACGCGCCGAGGCGCCCGCCCCCCCCCCGCGCCCCCCCGCCCCCGCUCCCCCCCCCCCCCCCGCCGCCACACCAGCACCUCAGAGGGCCGCCCCGCCCGCCAUUCCCCCGCUUCCACGGGCCCGAUCCCAGAUUCCGGGGCAAGCGCCCCGGUCUGCGGGGCGGGGGCCCGGCGUUCCCCCCGAAAAGACCCUUCCUCCCCCCCCGGUACUGA